UCGACUCUUUCGAACGAGGUACAUAUAUAUACAAGUACAUAUUUAUAUAUAUAUAAGUGCGGCGAUCAAAGGGGAAUCGUUUUGGGCCCGAGAUUGCAAUUGUGCUUUUGUUUCGGUGUUGUGCUGCUGUGCAUACAUGUAUAGCAACAUGAACAAGUGCUCGGUGAUUAUUGUGCUACUGUCGCUGACCGGCGUCCUUGCCAAGCCGCAUGGUCUUCUCGGACAGAUACUGGAGAACCACCGACAGCGCCAUGACUCGAGUCUCCUGGAUCCCCUUGGGCUCUUCCACAACAAACGCCCGGGCGAGAGUAGCUACGGCGACGCGAGCGCCCACAGUAAAGCCAACGCCCUCACCGGAAGCUUCCACCUUGGAAACCUAAUUGGCAUAUCGGGCUCCAUCAGCAACGCCGAGGCCAGUGCUAACGCGAACUCCGGAGCCAGUGCCAACGCGGUGGCCAACGCCAAUGCCUACGGUGGUAGUGCCAACGCCAACGCCAAUGCCAAUGCCGGUGCUGGCAACUAUUACGGUGGACAUGGCUACGGUGGACAGCAGCCUACCUAUGGGGACUACGGUGGUGGACAAUUUGGAUCGCAGGCCAAUGCCGCUGCCAAUGCCAAUGCUCAAGGCUCACAAGGAUUCCAGCCAGGAGAGUACGGGCCCUCGUACUCUAACGAACCAUCAGGUCCACAGUACCCGAGCGGAGGAGGUGGAGGCGGAAGUGCAACCGCUAAUGCCGCAGCGAUCGCCACCGCCAAUGCCAACAGUGGUGGCGAUGGCUCGUCAGGCUCGUACCCCAUCCAGAAGCCCCAGCAGUUUGUCGACAACAACAACCUAGGCUCGGUGAACUACAACCCCGUGUCCGCACCUGCCCAGACCUCCUCGAACGCGGCUGCGAACGCAGCCGCCAACGCAGCAGCGAGUGGUGGGAGCUACCAGCAGAGGCCGAGUGUCUCGACCGGCCAGCCAAGUGGCACGAUCGUCAUACCGAUCGAGAUUGUCGGGGUACAAAAGAGGCCACAUCAUCAUCAUCACCACCACCACCAUCACCGCCGACCCCAGCCCGAACCUGUGUACGCUCCACCACCACCCUACCAAGAACCCCAGCCCGUGUACGCCCCACCACCUCCUCCUCCUCCUCCUCCUAAACCACAACCGCAACAACCUUUGCCACCAGCUAGACAACCGACUAUGAACACCCAGCCAAUACGUAUCAUCGUAGUUGAGCAACCCACCAGAGGUAGUGGCUGCCACGGAGGCUGCGGACGUCCCCAGCCGAACUACAGCUCGAACCCCUUCCUGAACGGUGGUGGAAGCAACUCCGCCAACGCAAACGCAGCAGCUUCCGCCAACGCCAACUCUGGCUCAUCGGGUGUUGGCUACCACGAUCCCGGCUACGUCCCGGCCCCAUCCUACGAAGCCCAUCUACCGGUGGAAAACACCAUGAAUCCCUUCCUAUCUGAUGUUCAUCAGGCCUACACCCCAGCCCCGAACCCCCAAGUGGGCUACGGUCAAGGACCGUCGUACCCUACCGGGCAGCAGACCUACGGUGGGUUCGGUAGCAACGCAGCGGCCAACGCAGCAGCCAACGCAGCCUCGAACGCCGGGGGUGUCUAUCAGGUGCCCGUCAAGACUCAGACACCAAACACGGGCUCCGGGGGCUACGUCAACCAACCCAACCAGGGAUACUACGGGUCCGGCAAGAACAACUACAACCAAGGGGACUUGGGCAGUGGCGUCGUCAUCAUCGACGAGGAUGACAACCAGAGGAAUAACAACAACAAUUACAAUUACGGACAGCAGCAGGGCUCGGGAUCUGGUAGCGCCAACGCCGCGGCCGCGGCUAAUGCUGGUUCCACCUCUGGAGGCUCGGGGAGCUACCAACCCAGCGUACUGCCGGUAUCUACUGGAUCUGGUUGUGGAGGUGGCUGCUCGGGAGGUUAUGGAGGACACAACAAUGGCGGCAGUGGGGCCAGUAGCGCCACGGCGACAGCCAACGCAAACGCUUCGGCAAAGGGUUAUGGAUCGGCGAAUGCCUCGGCGGCGGCGAACGCCUCGGCCAAUAGGAGCGGCUUUGGAGAGGCGAAAGCCAAUGCCGUUGCGACCGCUAAUUCGGAUACGCGUGACCGGCUCAUCUUCACCCGCUAAAAUAAUAUGUACCUACGUGUAUAUAUAUUAUAUAUAAAAGAGACUCGCUUUCGUGUGCGAGGGGUCCGAUGUUUGGUUUGCUUAUGUGAUAAAACGAGAAGAGGAUUCGAGUGAUUAUAAGUGUACGCGUUACUUUUUCGGCGCUUUCGAUUUGCUUCAAUUUCUUUUUCAUGUGCGAGUGUACAGUGUACAAGGAUGAACAAAUAUCAUAACUCCAGAGUAUAUCUUAUAGCAGAUAGAUGAAUGACACAUGUUGAAUGUAUGAUUAGUUUCUUCUUCUUUUUUUUUUUUUUUUUUUUUUUUUUUUUUUUUUUUUUUUUU